AUGUCAAGUGGGAGAUCAUCAUCAACGGUAGUAGGGAAGAAGAGCAAGAAGACAGCAUCAAACUCAAAGUCAAAUGCAGUAUCAUUGCGGGACAAGUUAAAAAUGGUGGAAAACGAAGAAGAUGCGUUGCUUAAACACAUAGAUGAUCUCAACAACUGGACGGAUGCGAUAGAUGGUAUGAACGAUGAGCAGUUAAAGGCAUACCUUGAAAACAGACCUCAAGAACUGAAGAGUGUGAAUAACCAGAAGAAGAAGCCUGAACAAAAGCGAAAGCCCAAGGUCCAGAAGAUUAUGAAGUCCAAACCUUCAACAUGCAGUGGAAUAAUGGCCUCAGUAUGGAAGUUCCACAAGGAAGACGAUGAUAAAGUUAACAAAGGCAUCAACCAUACAAUUCCAGCUGCUGAUUAGCAUUUUCAAGUCGAAC